CUUCCUGUUUUGUUUUUCUUUCGCUCUGUGUCUGCUCGGUUCGGGUAGACAUGGACCCCUUAUCAGAACACAGUCAAGAGCGUACUGUGGACGUUGGACAAAACGCUCUGUUGACGGCCCGGAGGACCGUCUGAUCCUUGGCCUUCAGCAGCGGGCUUCUGUUGCACCUGCAGCGGGACCUGGUUCGGUUCGUCGCAGCGUCAUGGCUCUGAGCUCGGGAUGGGCUCCUCCAGCCCCGCUACCUGCCUCUCAGCAGGCUGUGUGCGGCGGCCCUGCCCCCGCCGCCUGCUGCAACACGGUACUUAUGUCAGUCCGGGUUUCGGUGUGUCACUCCGGGAUCCGGCCGCUGUGCCUUCCCGGGGCAGGGAGCGAGGCUCUCCGCCUGCAGCUCUCCAUGGACCCGAGCCGCGCCGGAGAGUUCCGCCUGGCGCUGCGAGACACGAGCGGCAGCCGUAGCGUGUUCAUUGCAGAGUUCGAUCUGCGCUCGGUGCAGUAUGAGGUGAAGUCCCCUCGCUGUCAUGAGAUGCGUCUGGCUGCUCCUCCACAUGACUGCAUCCGUUUCAACUUCCGCUGUGACCGGGAGGCCGAGGAGUGGGCCACUGUGGUCAUGUCCUCACUCAGAGAGGCACAUAGAGUUUCAAAUAUCAACCCGUGUGAAUCGGACAGUACACAGACAGCAGCAGAGGCGUUCAGCUCGGCCCCCUCUCUCCCUCGCUCAGAGGAGCUGUGUUUGGAGCUGGCCAAAGCGAUAGAAGCCGGGGACAGUCAAGCAGCCUCCCAACAUGCCUCAGCCCUGGCUCGUCAGAAAGCAGCUCUCACCAUCCAGUUAGCUCAGAACAACUACACAGAGGGGGAAAUUAAUUUAUCAGUGGUAGUGGAGGAUGUCUCAUCGUCAUGUUGUGUAACAGUUAAAGUGUUCCCCUACAUGACAGUGGCUGCACUAAAACAACAGGUGUUCCUUGAGUAUGGUUUUCACCCACGGGUGCAGCGCUGGGUGAUUGGCCAGUGCCUGUGCACAGACCCCAGGUCUCUGGCCUCUUAUGGGGUGCAGAAAGAUGGGGACACAGCGUACUUGUACCUGAUCUCCGCUCGCCAGGCACGCAUCACCAGACAGCUGUUCCAACAGGACCUGGAGAGUGCCCUCCUUGCCCCUCCUCCUCCUCCAGGAAAUGGCCCCAUGUCCCAAGACCGUAGGGGUUACAGCACCCUGCCUACCAGGCUACACAAUAAUCAAGGUGGCUCGGGGUCAGCAGUUGACCUUAAGGACAUCCUAGACUUUGAGAAUCUACAAAUAAAUGACAAAACCAACAAAGCCAGUAAAACACAACAAACAGAAUGGGCCUGUCCCUUGUGCACGUUCAUCAACAAGCCAUCUCGCCCCGGCUGUGAGAUCUGUGCCACGGCCCGCCCCGACUCACACGCCCUACAGGACAAAGGAAGGCGAGAGGAGCGGGCAGAUGCUGGUUUAGGCUGUAGCUGACUGUCUGGUGGAAUGUUCAUUAAUGUGUAUACGCUGACACAGAAUGGAGGUUAACCAUACACUUUAUUACACAGGCUAUGUGGUUAACGUCUUACUAUUUAACUCAAACUCAUAAGGCUGCGUUCACUGUGUGCAGGCUCUUCUGUUGCUUUUUUUACAGAGUUGCAAAAUCUUUAAUCUAGACCAGAGUUUCACAUUUUAAUUAUGACAAUUAUUAUUUACAAUCAGGCCUCUAUUUAGCAACAAAAAAAUGAAAGUGGGUAGGACAACACAAACUCCUUGAUUAUUUGUUUGUGUAGCCUAAUUUAUUAACUUCUGACAUUACAAGAAAUUACUCAAACAGCUCAUUACAUUUUAUUUAAUUUUAACCACUAGUUCUGUUUCUCAUUAUUUUCCUAAUUUCCUAAUCUCACUAAUUACCAUGUUGUUUGGCUAGAGGAGCAUAUCAAAACCAAGUUCACUAUUCUAACAAGUGAGGUAAAAAAGUCUCACCAGUUUGAAAGUGCACUAUGUAACUUUUCAGUUAUUUGUCUCCAUGGAGAUGUCAUUGAUUUGGUUGGAGUGUUUCUUAGUAUGGCAUUAAACUUAAUGCCUUACUUAACUUAACUUAAUGCUUUUAUAUAAUUAUGUCUUUAUAAUGCCAAAAAAAAACCUUGAAAACUUGCAUUGUAACUGUGAGUGGGGUCACCUCUCCACAGGUCUGACUUGACUCCAUGGAGAUAGAGGAGUGUAAUGCCAUACCGCAAACGCUCCAUUCCAGAAAAGUUACUCAAUGCCCCUUUAAAACUGCAUGUAGACCUCGUUUUGCGCCAUAGUGAACGCAGCCUGCCUAUAGUUAAUGGGACGUGCACUGAGGGUCUGUGGGACACUGUAGCAUGUAACCUGCAGAGUUCAUAGCCACAUCACAUAGUCAAGGCAGCCACCCCAAUUUUAGCAAGACUAUUUAUUUUAGGCUUGUUGUGCUAUGGAGACAAAACACAGACUGCUUUCUAUUUAUUUUAAAGGGGGUUCUAAUGCGUGGUCUUUUGGAGUUGGAGAUUUCGUGGGACAUUUUGUGAUACGAGAUGGUAAUGAUUAAGUGAAAAAAUAAGCCUUGUACCAAACUGUUUUAACUGCAGCUGGUGCCAUUUAACCCUACUGGAAGUGAAUGGGGAGAGAGGGUGAGGAGAUAUGUUGUGUUUACAGGGUUUGUCAAGUGCUUUUAAUUUUUAUAACAUUGUAUUAAGUGUAUUAUUUUUAUCUGAGAUUGUGCAAAGGAUGUACAUUUUCAUUGUUCAUCUAAUUUACUUGAUUCUGUCUGGAAGGAUCUGCUUGAGUACAUAAUGCUGUACAAUUUUAGCUGAAUAAACACAAUUCAACUAUGA